AUGCAGCUUCUUGAAACAAGGAGGGGCGCUGUGGGGAGUGGGCCAAUUGCUUUACAUUGUAUUGCCGAGCCUUUGGCUAUGAAUCUCGUUUAUCUGUUUGGUUACUGUGUGCGAUUCUUUGAAACAAUUUUCUGCAAAGCCAUCAAAUUCAAUGGACAGUUUCUAGACUUUUCACAAGCAUGCAAGCAACUAACUGAAUUUCUCUGCACCAUGUCAAAAUUGGAUUUCACUGACCAUGUUUGGACAGAGUGCUUCUCACCUAUGCUGGGAAGAUGGAUGCAUCUUGAUCCCUGUGAAGGAAUAUAUGACAAUCCAUUAUGUAUGAGAAAGGGAAUGAAGAAGAAGAACUUGAGAGAAAAUUUUCUUUCACAGGAUGAUAUUUCAGUCUCAUACCUGGAAGACAAAGUGGUGACAAAGAAUGGCGGAUAUCAAGGUCCGAAUUUGGUCAAGAUGAGCAUUGCUCUUUAA